AUGCGUCUUUUUCUCAAUGAGAUGGACGCGUUUCGAAUGGAAGCUUAUGAUAGCUCGUCUACUUACAAAGAGAGGAUUAAGGUCUACCAUGAUAAGAUGAUUAGUCCACGGGAGCUCACCUUGGGGGAUGUAGUUUUGUUGCACAAUUCGAGACUCUCUCCUUUCCCUGGAAAGUUGAAGUCCAAAUGGACCGGCCCCUACAUGAUCAAUAAAAUCUAUGAUAGUGGGACGGUUGAGUUGCUAGCUCCGGAUACGACGUUGUUUCAAUCCAAUGGUCACCGUGUGAAGAAAUACUAUAGCAUGGACAAGGUGAUGGAGGAGGAAGUGGAACUAGAAGAACCACCCAUGGAAUAA